UUCUGUCUUUUGGGAUAAUUGUCAAAGCAACACUUGACUUGUGCUCUGCUUCUUCCAUCCACUCAAUCAUUCGAGCACCAGCCACCAUGGCUGCGGCCAUGGCGUCGCUCCCGCUGCACCUGCUCCUCCUCCUCCCACUCCUUGCCGUCGUCUCAUUCCUGUGGCUCCACCGUGCGGUGUCGCGCCGGCGAGGGCGAGGCGGCGGCGCGCGGCUGCCCCCGUCGCCGUGGGCGCUCCCGGUGAUCGGCCACCUGCACCACCUCGCGGGCGCGCUUCCGCACCGCGCCAUGCGCAACCUCGCGGCGCGCCACGGCGAGCUCAUGCUGCUCCGCCUCGGCGGUCUCCCCGUCGUCGUCGCCUCCUCCGCGGACGCCGCCCGGGAGGUGAUGCGGGCGCGCGACCUCGACUUCGCGACGCGCCCCGUGACGCGGAUGGUGCGGCUGGUCAUCCCCGACGGCGCCGAGGGCAUCAUCUUCGCGCCCUACGGCGGCGGGUGGAGGCAGACCCGCAGGAUCUGCACCGUCGAGCUGCUCAGCGCCCGCCGCGUCCAGUCCUUCAGGCCCGUCCGCGAGGAGGAGGCCGGCCGGCUCCUCCGCGCCGUGGCGUCGGCGGCGCCGCCGGCGUGGGCGGUGAACCUGAGCGAGCUGCUGUCCGUGUACGCGGCCGACUCCUCGGUGCGCGCCAUCAUCGGGAGCCGGUUCAAGGACCGGGACACGUUCCUGGCCAUGCUGGAGCGCGGGCUCAAGCUGUUCGCCAAGUUGAGCUUGCCGGACCUCUUCCCGUCGUCACGCCUCGCCAUGCUCGUCAGCCGAAUGCCCGGCCGGAUGAAGCAGCACCGGCAGGAGACGGUUGUGUUCAUGGACGCCUUGGUCCGGGACCACGAGGAGAGCAGAGCAGCUGACGACGGCGACGGCAAGGAGGACCUGCUCGACGUGCUCCUGAGGAUCCAGACGGAAGGCGAUCUGCCGGUGCCACUCACCACUGACAACAUCAAGUCAGUGGUCGGAGACAUGUUCGCCGGAGGCAGCGAGACGGCGGCGACGGCGCUGCAAUGGAUCAUGGCCGAGCUCAUGAGGAACCCGAGAGUGAUGCAGAAGGCGCAAGACGAGGUCCGACGAGCACUUGCCGGACGGCAAACAGUAACAGAGGAUGACCUUGGCGAUCUCCAUUACAUGCGCCUAGUGAUCAAGGAGGCUCUUCGGCUGCAUCCACCCCUGCCACUUCUACUUCCACGAGAGUGCCGGAACUCAUGCCAGGUGCUAGGAUUCGACGUGCCAGCAGGCACCAUAGUGUUCGUGAACGCGUGGGCCAUCGCCAGGGACCCCAAAUACUGGGACAAGCCGGAGGAAUUUGUGCCCGAAAGAUUUGAGGAUGGCAAGAUUGAUUUCAAGGGGACGGACUUCGAGUUCAUACCGUUCGGGGCGGGACGGAGGAUGUGCCCGGGAAUGGCGUUUGGGCUCGUGCAUCUGGAGCUUGCACUCGCUGGCCUCCUUUACCAUUUUGAUUGGGAGCUCCCGCUUGGGAUGGAGGCUGCAGAUCUGGACAUGACGGAGGAAAUGGGAGUCACGGCCCGGCGGCUUCAAGACCUCCGGCUUGUUCCAGUAGUUCGAGUGCCUGUGCCGGUGGAAUAGAUGUAGGAGUGUUUUAUUUGUGUUCUUUGGUGCAGCCGUAGUGUUGGGAACAUGAGCUUCUAAUAUACUACCUCGUUCAUAAAUAUAUAAUGCUUAGAUAAAGCUAGUUAAUUAAA